AUGGUUGUGAAGGUACCACCAAAACGUUGGACUGAUCUUAGCAUACCUGACCAGACGGACAAACUCUCAGACGUUUUUCCAGAGAUUGUUAACAGGAUCCUGAAAUAUCAGGCCUACAAGCAACAGAUGUUUCUUCUGCGCUAUGCCGGCGUUGACAAUGCCCUAAGGCAGUUUGGAGCUGGUUCAGAUGAAGCCGAGCAAGCCAUAGCUAGGAUUGAUCUUUACAUCCAUGAGCUGCAGCAAAAACUUGAAGAACACAAUUUGUUCACGUCAACAAAUCUAUUAGUACUGUCCGACCAUGGCCUGGCACAAAUUGAGGAAGAAGAGCAGUUCUACUUAGAGGAAUGCCUCUCUGAUUACUCGAAGGUUGUAAAGGUCGUAAAUCUGCAUUCAAUGUUGAUGGUCUUUACUGAACCGGAGGAUGAAGGACAUGUA